CGGGGCUCCCUCCGCUGCCGCCGGCGCCGCCAUCAUGUCGGAGCGCCUCAGCAAGCCCACCUGCCUGAUGGCGGCCAGCGCGGCGGCCGCAGGUGUGUCUGCUGACUCCUUCCUUCAUUCUUUUACACUGGCGAGUGCGGCUUUUAAUCUACAGGUUGCUACCCCUGGGGGAAAGCCUAUUGAUUUCGUUGAUGUCAAUGAGGCAAACAUGCGUUGGAUCCAGGACUUUCGUAUGAAAUCCUAUGCAAAUCCUGCCAAACUAGAAUCGACUGAUGGUGCCCGAUACCAUGCAUUGUUGAUUCCUGACUGUCCUGGUGCCAUGACGGAUCUGGCAAACAGCGGGUACUUAGCUAGGAUAUUGCAGCAUUUCAGCUCUGAAAACAAACCCAUUUGUGCUGUUGGACAUGGAGUUGCCGCCUUAUGUUGUGCUACAAAUGAGGACAAAUCCUGGGUAUUUGAAGGAUACAGUUUAACAGGGCCCUCUGUGUAUGAACUGAUCAGGCUGCCUAGUUUUGCCAGCUUGCCCAUCAUCGUUGAAGACUUUGCAAAAGAUUCUGGAGCUAACUUUAGUGCCAGCAAACCAGAUGCAGUGCAUGUAAUCCUGGACCGGCACCUUGUCACUGGGCAGAAUGACAACUCAACAGUUGCAGCUAUCCAAAAUCUUAUUUUUCUCUGCAGUACCAGGUAAGUGAAGGUGAGGAAGUUGCCAGUA